AGACAGGGCGGAGGGAUGAAGAAUCGAAACUAACCGGGAGCUCCUGUCUUUAUCAUUUCAGACCCCUCGGGUGCGUCUUUUUUCUUUAAAAAUAGAGAUCAACGACAAAUGUAGGCACUUUUUUUUCCGGAGUAUUUUGAAGACGUCUAGACUCCAACGUGAAACAUCGUAUCAGAGCGGAAGCUCCCCUAACAAAAAUUAAUCGGGAGGCGCCGAACAGCUAAUCAUCCGAAGAAGAAGAAGACGACAUAAUAGAAGGCGACGAAGAAGAAGAAGAAAGGGCGGAAGUGAGCGGGAGUUUUGGGCGUGCCGUCGUUUUGAGCGAAUAUCUCUCGGUCAAAGGCGAUCUCCGCCGCGGACCUGUCAACAACUAGGAUGUGGGCGUCGUGCCGGACGGUGCUCGUGUUCACGCUGCUGUGCGCGGCCUGGGCCAUGAAGGAGGAGCCCAGGUACUUCAAGGAAGGCGGUUCGUUGAAGAUCAAGCCGGUGUCCGUGUCUGAACCGAUCACCGUCAUCACGUGGAAGUGCAGCGGGGACGUGGUGGCCGAGUGGGUCAAAGACAAGAUCGAGCUGGAGUACCUGGGCCGGUUCAAAGGCCACGCCUCACUGGUGCUCGCCACAGGCGAGCUCACGUUGAGCAACAUGAACGCCCAGCUCGCCGGAACCUACACGGUGGAGAUCAACUACCAGGUCCAGCCCGUGGGCUACAAGGCCGUGAUCCUGAAGUCGGUUCCGACCCCCAGCGUGGCCGUGCAGCCGCUGGCGUGCACGAGGGACCGGGGCUCGUGCACGCUGGUGUGUGAGGGGGACGUGGCCGGAGCAGAACCGGCGACUUACUCUUGGAAGGAGGAUGCUGGAGACUGGAGCCGCGGGGAGGAGAGGAAGGAGAUCCUCAACUCCACCCGGGCCGUCCAGACCUUCUCCUGCAGGCUGAAGAACCCGGUCAGUUUUAAGGAGAGUGAACCCUUCAAGAACCCGUUCUACGGGGAGGCUCCUGGUUCUGGUUCUAGUACUGGAGCUGUGGUGGGUGGGGUUAUCGGCGCGCUGCUGGGUCUGGGUCUCAUAGGAGCAGGUGUAUUUGCAUACCUGACACUAAAGAAAGGUCCCCAGAACACGGACUCUCCACCAGCUGCUGGAACACCCCUCGCUGAGAAUAACGUGGACCCUCCACCAGCUGCUGGAACACCCGCCCCUGGGAAGACUGAAGGGGACAAACUUUUAAAUGAUAAAGACAGUCCCGCAUGAAACAUGGACCUGCUCCUUCAUGGAGGUCUGCAUGUUAAGCAACAUUCUCGUGGGAACAACAUUUUUACUUGACUUCUCGUUUAUUCAUUGUGCCUUUUUUAAAAAAAAAAAAAAAAGAAAGAAAGAUAAUUCACGUAAAAGCCACAAAAGAAUGAAAAUAUCAUUGUCUGGGUUGAUGGGGAGACGCCCACCCUGCAUCUGCAUCUGCAUGUCCUAAUUAAGUGACAUUCUCAUGGGAAGAACAUUUUUAUUUGAAUUCUCGUUAAUUGAUUGUGCCUUUUUAAAAAAAAAAAAAAAAAAAAGAAAGGAAGAUAAUUCACAUAAGACCCACAGAAGAAUAAGAAAAAAAAACAACAAAAAAACAGAGCUCCUGACCUCCUCCGUCAGGUGUUCCCGGUGAGGGGGGACUGGGUCUGGAAAUGUCCCCUGGUCAGUUCCUCCCACCAGGGCUCUGCUCCCAGCGCUGCCUUCGCACCCCUAAAGGAAAGAACAUUUUAACCAAAAAUUACUCUGGAUCUUAAGUGCGAUUAAUCUGAGCAGAGCAGAAGUGCCACAAACGAACGAAGCGUUUAUCCAGAGCGGACUGUCAUACGAUCACUGUGUUGGUUGUUAUUUUGCCUUGUCAGAAGAAACUAGGUGAGUUUUUGCCUGUGUGGCUCAUCUGUGGACUCACCUGGGGGCCGAGGUGGAGAGUAUCACCACCCCGAAGCGGGCUCCUGUGUGCUUUUAUGUCUAUUUUUUUUUUAAAUUAAUUUGCUAUUUGCAGAACACUGGAAACGAAGGUUUCAGCACUUGUCCUGAAUGUAUUUAACAACCUCACCACUGCAACGUCUAGGCCUUUUUUUUUUUUUAAGGGAGGGGGGGCUUUAAAGUUGCCGUCUUCUACACAAUCAUCUCAGUUUGUGCUUACGAGGUCGUUUCCCGUCAAGUUCUGACCUCGUUUCCCGUCAAGUUCUGCCGGGGCGAGCUGAAGCAACAGGAAGAGCUGAUUGGGGAUAAAAAUACGACCUGCAUUUCGUGUAAAUUAUAGCUUGAUGCAAUGUAAACGAACAUAUCUUUUCAAUCUGUCCUGUGUUUUCAUUUUGCUUCUCUGUUGUUGAAAUAUUACCGUAUAUAGUCAUGAAUGUUUUUAAGUUUUGUAUGUUGGAGAGACACAAGGGAGUUUUUAAGAUGUUCAGCUCAGGCUUUUCUGUAAGAAUGUGGAAGUUGAGUCACUUUUAUGGGCGUCGGAGAGUUAUUAUUAAGUUUCCAUCUUCACUUCCUGUAGUUUUAAUCUUUCUGAUGCUGUUCUGAGACGUCUCAGAUGUCCUGAUGUGUUACCACGAGGCCGUAUGAAAGGAGUGGGGCCGAGAGCUGGAUGACACUUCUUAAAAGUAAUCAAGUACUCCUUCAAAUGACAUCAAACCUGAGAUCUUAACAUGAAAUCACUUCACUGUUAUUUUAUCCCAACUUAGUCACAGAUGCCAGGAUAAUUUAUGUUAUCACUUGUGUGGAUGAUUUUAAAAUGAGUCUUAACUGCCCUGUCAUGAGAGGUGAUUCGCUGUUACAUCUGAUUAUAUCCUGGAAGAUUGUAUUUGCAGCCAUCGUAUUUAUUGUGGCACAAAAUAAAAAAAACUUUGAGCA